GCGAGAGCAGGACGUUGGUGUCAUGUGUUGAUUGUCAUUGCGUGAAGCUGCCCGCCUCGGGCCUCCUUGGGGCAGUGGCUGGUAUCGGUCUCAGUCCUAGAGCGCGGUGAGCCACAGUCUCAUCCGUGUUUGCAGAAUUGGCGCCCUCGGUAGUUGGGGAAAUGGCGAUGACACUGUUGGAAGACUGGUGCAGGGGGAUGGAUGUGAACUCCCAGAGAGCCCUGCUGGUCUCGGGGAUCCCGGUAAACUGUGAUGAGGCUGAGAUCGAAGAGACCCUCCAGGCUGCGAUGCCCCAGGUGCCCUAUCGAGUGCUCGGGAGAAUGUUCUGGAGGGAAGAGAAUGCUAAAGCAGCCUUGUUGGAGCUCACUGGCGCUGUCGACUACGCUGCGAUCCCCCGAGAGAUGCCGGGCAAAGGAGGGGUCUGGAAAGUGAUCUUUAAGCCCCCGACUUCGGAUGCUGAAUUUCUAGAAAGGCUACACCUCUUCCUAGCUAGGGAAGGGUGGACCGUGCAAGAUGUCGCCCGUGUCCUCGGGUUUCAGAACCCUGCUCCGGCCCCAAGCCCAGAAAUGCCAGCAGAGAUGCUAAACUAUAUUUUGGAUAAUGUUAUUCAGCCUCUUGUUGAAUCCAUAUGGUACAAGAAGCUGACGCUGUUCUCGGGGAGGGACAUCCCGGGGCCUGGGGAGGAGACCUUUGAGGCCUGGCUGGAGCACACUAAUGAGGUCAUAGAGGACUGGCAGGUGUCUGAUGUAGAGAAGAGGCGGCGAUUGCUGGAGAGUCUUAGAGGCCCCGCCGCUGAUGUCAUUCGCAUCCUCAAGAACAACAACCGAGCCAUAACCACCGCCGAAUGCCUGAAGGCGCUUGAGCAGGUGUUUGGGAGCGUCGAGAGCUCUAGGGAUGCGCAGGUCAGAUUUCUAAACACUUAUCAGAACCCGGGAGAAACGUUGUCUGCUUAUGUCAUUCGUCUGGAGCCUCUGCUGCAAAAGGUGGUGGAGAAGGGGGCCAUUGAUAAAGAUAACGUGAACCAGGCCCGCCUGGAGCAAGUCAUUGCCGGGGCCAACCACAGCGGGGCUAUCCGAAGGCAGCUGUGGCUGGCCGGGGCUGGGGAAGGGCCAGCCCCUAACCUCUUCCAGUUGCUGGUGCAGAUCCGCGAGGAGGAGGCCAAAGAGGAAGAGGAGGAGGCUGAGGCCGCCCUCCUGCAGUUAGGCCUGGAAGGGCACUUCUGAGUCCCAGGAAAGGGGGCUCUAGUGCAUACCUACAUCACAUCUGCUUUCGUGGUUCCUGUGCGGUCUUAAUGGUGUGGUGUCUCUGAGUAGUAAAGACUUAGCCGCGUUCUGUUUAUGUUUUUGUCUUUUGGCGGGCGGGGGAGUCAGGCCUGUAUAU